AUGAGUCGCCACCCCCCGCGAGAUGUGAUCGACCUCGAAACCGAAGAGGACACUGAUGACCAAGAAGACAGCGAUAAUUCAUUGUUCGAUAACUGUCUCAACGAGGAAGUCUCCAGUGUUCACAUCUCCCCUUUAUUUGGCCGGACUCCAGGCUUAUACCCCCGCAGACCUCGCACGGUCGUCUCCCCAUACGACGUCUGCCUUGCGGAGAUAGUCGAAGUGUUCCCUGACAUAUCUCGGGAACAUGUCAAGUCUCUCUACAACGAUCUGGACCAUCAGAACGGUCCAUAUGCCCAAACACCAGCGCAAAUUCUGAUUGAAAAGGUUCUGGAUGGGGGUAAUUACCCCAAAGAGAAAGACAGGAUCAAGGAAUUGAAGCGGAAGAGAAGUGAUCGGAAUAGUGAUGAGGAGGAAGCAGCCCGUUGGAAAUACGCGGAGCUGAGGGAUAACGCCCUGGAAUACAGCAAAGUUGCAAGGGUUGCCCUACAUGAAGCGUUCGAAUUCGUUCCAUCCAAAUUCAUUAACGAGAAGUUCAAGGACCACAGCCAUUAUUAUGGUACGUUCUUUGCUAUUCUGGAAGCAGAACGAGCAGUCCGUACAGCCAUAAACCCGCCAUAUGCCCCGUUGAAAGCUCGCCGUGUCACCUCUGGAAGGACUUCAGCUGCAAUGAUGGUCGAACUACGUGAGGAUGGCUAUGAAUUCGAGGAGUUGAAGAGAGAGAUCGACUCAGCGCAGCAGCGGAGAAACAGAGAAGAAGACAAACUCAAUGCCGCCGAAGAGAUUAAACGGAUGCACGAGGCACAAGACCAAGAGCACCGCGCACGAGGGGAAGUUAUGGACUGUGGAUGCUGCUUCGACACGGUUACUAUUCUUAAGAUCACUCACUGCAACGGGGAUGAGCCCCACUUCUUCUGUCUAGACUGUGCUCAACAGAACGCUAAUACUGACAUUGGCAAUUCUCGCUACGGACUCAGAUGCAUGGAUGGGAGCGGAUGUACGGCCACUUUCAGUCGACAAGAGAGGGAACGAUUCCUCGAUGCCAAGUCCAUUGAGAAGAUAGAGCGUCUACAGCAACAGGAUGAUAUUCGACUUGCUGACUUACAGAACCUCUGUACUUGUCCAUUCUGCGAUUUUGCGGCUAUCUGCCCUCCAAUUGAAGAAGACAAGGAAUUCCGGUGCCAUAAUCCGGAGUGUGAAGAGGUGUCCUGCCGCCUCUGCAAAGCCAAAUCACAUAUACCAUUAUCCUGUGAUGAGUUCAAAAGAGAAAACGGCGUCAGUGAGCGCCGUAUCAUUGAAGAGGCUAGGACCGAAGCAUUGAUUAGAACGUGUGGAAAAUGCAAGGUCCGGAUCCUGAAAGAAGAUGGCUGCAACAAGGUCAUCUGCACCAAAUGCUACGCCGUGCUCUGCGAUUACUGCGGAAAAGACAUCACAAAGCAAAUGUACAACCACUUUGAUGGCCAAGGGCGGGCUCCUCCAGGAGUCAACACAGACGAUAAAACUGGUAAAUGCCCGCUUUAUGACGAGUCCCACAAGAGAAAAGACCAGCAAGUCGACAAGGCCGAGAAGGAAGCUAUGGCAAAAGUCCGGGCAGAACAUCCGGAUCUGUCGGAAGAAGACCUCAAAAUUAAAUUUGCGGAAGGGGUACAGUCCUCAAGCAGUCGACACCAUGGGGAUCACCACCAUCAUGUACACGCAAUUCAUGGACAUGUACCCCCUCAUCACAACCAUCAUCAUCGCCACCACGGGCAGGGCUUAGGGGCGGCCGCUAUGGCCGCACUGUACAAUAGGGAGCCGGGUGCGGCGCUCGACGCUAUGUUCGAGGGUGUUGGUGACAUACUGGAUGAAUUUGGGGGGCUCGCUCCUCAUGCUAUACAGCAGGCAAGAGAGCAGGGGCGUCAAGCUAGAGAGCAAAUGAGGGCCGCACAUCAACAGGCACAGCAACAGCAACUGCAGUAUCAGAGGGAAGCCUUGAUACGUCAACAUCAACAACAGCAGGCUGCUCAUCUAGCUCAACAGCAGGCUACUCUACGCCAGCGAGAAGCUCAACGAGAAGACUUACAGAGGCGAUCUGAACAGGCUCGCCGAAUUGCCGGACUAAAUCAAGCUACCCAGACUCACAGAGCACGCAUGGCCGCUAUGGACGACCCUGUAUUUGCGCGGUUUCUGAACGGACCUCAGGCAGCGGAUGUUCUAAGACCAAGGCAGAAUGAUCAAGCAUUUGGGAACAAUGCGGGGGCUCAAAACGUAAGCAUUCCGGAUGAUAUAGGAGCCAGACGACAGCCCGACUCGGUUCGUCAACGCAACGUAGAAGAGCGUCUACGUGGUCUUGGUGGGGCAAUAGACCUCGAUUCGCCGACACAGAGACGAGAAGUCAAUAACUUCCAUCGACGUACUGCAGCAUACAACGCAGGGCGCACUGCCGCACGUGUCGCAGAGGGGCGUACAUACGAUGUGCAUUCAUUCGACCCUGACCCCCCACCACCCCGAAUGCCGGGGGGAAACCCACUAGUGCCGAGAAGAAGAGACCCUAUGGCUCCCGGAAGUUUCAACCCCUGGGUCACUGGAGCAAACGAUCAGGCUUACCUUUAG